AAUGCUAAUGCGGAUGUGUAGAAAUGACAUGCCACUCGAGUUUCCGGUCGUUGCUAGGAAAUGGUAGUUUAGGUUACUUCAUAAAAAUGUCUUCCCGCUCUCUCUCAUUGCCAGCUACUUAAACUGAACCACGAGCUCUUCUAUGUCCAUUGAGUAGUGAGGAUUUGGGCCUGUCGUACCUCUUCAUUGAAACAAACAGUCCGUCCUGGUGGUGUCUGGACAAUCUCCUUCUCACAAAGGGUCCUCUUCUUGUCUUUUGUUGUAAAAAUUUCCUUGAAUUUACCGUGAGGCCUGUUUUCGUUCCAAGGAUACAUGAAUUGCUACCCAGGGCAACGCGGGGUGGAAGGUGAGCCCGCAGACAGUCUCAUGGAAGACCUAUCAGAUAGUUUUAGCUAUACUGCUAGAGGUGCUGACAACCUGAGGCCUCAUUCAACUCAUGCCACUAUCAAAUGGUUGGAGCUGAAUUAUCAUCUUGAGGACAAUGUCUGCCUGCCAAGGAGCACUAUUUAUGAGCAUUAUAUUGACUUUUGUCAGAGAGAGAGCAUCCAACCAGUCAAUGCUGCCAGUUUUGGAAAAAUUAUAAGACAACAGUUCCCUACACUCACUACACGUAGACUUGGUACCAGAGGACAAUCAAAGUAUCACUAUUAUGGCUUGGGUAUCAAGCCUUCUUCUCUUUACUAUACUCCAGACUAUAUUGAGAAAUUAAGUCAAGGGAACUCUAAGAAAACCCAAGAGACCCGAAAGACUACUUAUGAAAAGCCUAGUGCUGUACUCCCUCCGUUUCCUGAUGUGAAGACAAUGACACUAACUGACAGAGUACCUGUUGAUAAAUUAAAGACAUUCAUGGUAAUGUAUCGUGCUCAUUGCCAGCGAAUAUUAGACAGUGUUGUUAGAGCUAACUUUACUGAGGUGGAGAGUUUCUUGUUGCAUUUCUGGCAGGGUAUGCCUACUCACAUGCUCCCUGUCCUUGCUAGUGAUGUUGUGGUGGAUAUUGUGGCUCAUUGUGAUUCACUCCUCUACAAGGUCAUCAGUAACGUACUCAUAACCUCUCCAUUGCAAAACCUACCAGACAGUCUUGCUAGCGAGAUAAGGAAAUUCUCUGAUUUUCUUCGCCAGUGGAUGGAGAUUGCUCUUAAAGGUCUACCGGAAUCGUUGCAAGAAGCUAAAUAUAAAGUUGCUGAAGGAUUUGUGAAUGGAUUAAGGAGACAGACCUCACUGACAAAACUGGCACAGGUUGCUCGUAGUGAAUUAAAAAAUAGUAAUUGUCUUGAACACUUGAAGAAUGAUUGGGAUAAUCUUGAUAUGUCCAUAGUCUACACACAGACCCUUUAUGCUAUAGAGCCAUACCAUGUACCAGCAAGAUACCAUCAACUCCUACCAUCAUGUUGUGCACAGUUCGACGACUUAUUAAAUGAUCAAACUGAUCUUGAACAUUUUAUGUUUUGGGCGGAGGACGUGAUACAAUCCACAGUAAUAAAGGCUCAUUCUGAGGAUAAAUUCCCACUCAAAGAGGCCUGCCAAGCUUUCCUGCUAACAUGGAAAUUCUUUACAGCAAAGAUUCUCCAGGAAUUCACUAUGGAGAAUGCCCCUAGCUUUGGAUUCUUGAUACUGUUGCACAUGCUAAUGGACGAUUACAUCACUCACAUUCUGGAAUCAAAACUAGAGAAAGAGGAUGAGAAGAUAUACUACUCAAGGAUACAAGAAAUGAAUAAAGAUGCAUCAUCAUCAUCAUCAUCACAGUCAGUAGCUCCUACUAAUAAACCUGCUGGACUUGAGUCUGAGCCACCUAAGACAAGUAGAAGUCAGAGGUCGCCAUCUCUCAGUUUAUCGCACGAUGCAGUGACUGAUUCAUCUUCAAUCCUUUCCCUGCCUUCUCCUCUUGCUCCCAUUGCUGAGCCUGAGCUACCCUCGGUCCUCUCCUCCCUCCCUCCUCUACCAAUGACAGUGACUAGCUCUAAUAGCAUGGAGCCUACCACAACCGGCUCUUUUAAACUCUCUUCCAUGCCUCCUCCCUUUCUCCCCCCUCUUUCUCCUCCUCAAACCUCUUCACUUGAUGUGACAGCCUCUCAUCGUCAAGAGGGAAGGCGAAACGGAGGGAGUGCAUCAAGGCCGAUAGCUAGUACUUCAUACUCAAGACCUCAUCAGCAAUCACCUGGUGAUGGUCCCUCUAAGAGCACAGGCUAUUCACGAUCGUCGUCGUCUUCGUCAACUUCCCCUAUUCUUCCUCGGCAGGCUCCUCUCCCCUCUUCCACCACCCACCAAUCAGGGUACAUGUUGCCGUCAUCAGUAGCACUCCCUCCGUCCCUCCCUUCUCUUCCUGUAUCGCUAUCAACCACUGCCCCAGCUCACACCUCCUCUCACCAUCAACAGCAUCAGUCUAGUACCUCAAGACGGGACAUCAUGUAUCAAGGAUCGCAUCCCUCCCUCUCUCUGACUCCCUCCUCUUCCUCCCCCUCUCUCUUAGCCCAGUAUUACUCAGGUUCCACUAGUAUAUCUCAUCAGCUACCGUUGCAAAGAAACCCUUCACCAGGAGUCAUAUCCCCCACCCACCAGCAAUACGGUCGCUCUCACCACCCUAUUAGCUCAAUAGGCACUAAUAGUAAUGCUAGCGGUAGGAUAGUACCUACUUGCACGCCCCUCCCCAUCAAUAUCCCAUCUAUUAAUCAAGGGUUUGGGUUUACAAGGACUGGUGGGGCUGCUCCCCAGCAGCAGGCUCACUCUCAGAAACCCUCUCACCCUCCAAUGCAGAGUAUGUUAUCAAGUGACAUCCAAAGAGGAGGUGGUUCUUAUAUGAGUAGGCCUAAUUCGGCUGGCGGUACCAUGGUCACCCCCAGCCUACCGUCCCUUUCCAGUUUCACUCCUCUUAACGUACCCUUUCCCUCGUCCACUGCUCCUAACACCAUUAUACCGGCGUCCUCCUCGUCGACGGCAAGUGGCUCGGGUAAUUUAUCGCUAUUCCCAGCUAGCCUGUAUCCUUAUACACAGUUUGUUGUCCCGGCACAGAUGAAUCCACCUUUUCCACCAACCGGUUUACAAAUGCCAGCUCAGCCUAACCCGGCCAUGGCUGGGUAUCCCUAUAUACCAGGCAUGUCUCACUCUCUGUACAAUACUCAAGUCACAUCUCAUUCCUUUACAAGGUAAUAGGACUCACUCUUUAGUUUUCAUCGCUGCUAUUGGUUUUUAUGAUUAUUGGUAUUAUUUUUAGUCAUUAAUAAUUUUUGCUUUGCCAAGAAUUCCAAUCAAAUUUAUUUUUGCUAUCACUCAAAAUAAAUUUUUGUAAUUUAACUAUUAUUAUUAUUAUUAUUAUUAUCAUUAUUAUUAUUAUUAUUAUUAUUGUUAUGGCUAUUAUUAUUAUUACUGUUUUGCUACACUGAUGAAAUAAAAAUUUUAGGAAAGUAUCUUUAAU